AUGGAGGGAACCACUCGGUGCUCUGCGAACUAUGUUCCGCUGACUCCCAUCAGCUUCUUGGAGCGCUCAGCUUUGGUGUAUGGAGAUAAUGUAUCUAUAAUCCAUGGCUCUCUCAACUUCACAUGGAAACAGACCCGUGAUAGGUGUGUCAGCCUCGCUUCUGCUCUCUCCCUCAUCGGAGUCUCUCGCCACGACGUCGUUGCUGCCCUGGCUCCAAAUAUUCCAGCACUGUAUGAGCUACACUUUGGAGUUCCAAUGGCUGGGGGAGUCCUUUGCACGCUUAACACCCGUCAUGAUUCAUCAAUGGUUGCAGUGUUGCUGAAACGUUCCGAGCCCAAAGUCAUAUUUGUAGAUGAUCAGUUCCUUGAUAUUGCCAAGGGAGCCCUAGAGAUUCUAUCAAGCUCAGGAGCUAUCAAUUUGCCUCGGGUAGUUGUAAUCCAUGACCACAAUAAUGGUGUGAAACAAUCUUUUUUUAAAGGGAGUUUGGAGUAUGAGUCAUUUUUAGCAAGUGGAACAAGUGAUUUUGAGAUCAUAUGGCCAAAUGAUGAGUGUGAUCCAAUAGCCGUGACUUAUACUUCUGGCACAACUUCUACUCAUCCUAAAGGAGUGGUUUAUAGCCAUAGAGGAGCCUAUCUUAAUGCCCUGGCCUCAGUUCUUCUCAACCACAUGACCUCAAUGCCGGUCUACUUAUGGGUUGUUCCUAUGUUUCAUUGCAAUGGUUGGUGUCUUACUUGGGGCGUGGCGGCGCAGGGCGGCACGAAUAUUUGUUUAAGGACCGUCACGGCCAAAAUAAUAUUCGACAACAUAGACCGUCAUAAUGUAAGCCACAUGGGCGGAGCACCCACGGUUUUAAACAUGAUAGUAAACGCACCACCAGAUGUUAAGAGACCGCUUUCCAAAAAGAUCGCGGUCAUGACGGGUGGUGCACCGCCCCCUUCUCAAGUUCUCUUCAAGAUGGAGGGGCUAGGGUUCGAGGUCAUUCAUGCGUAUGGCUCAACCGAGACGUAUGGUCCCGGGACCAUAUGCAUGUGGAAGCCCGAGUGGAAUUCUUUGUCCCCUGAAGCACAGGCGAAACUCAAGUCCCGUCAAGGAGUCCACCACAUUGGGAUGGGAAUGGUGGAUGUUAAGGACCCUGAGACCAUGAAGAGUGUGCCGCCAGAUGCCAAGACAAUAGGUGAAGUGAUGUUCAGAGGCAAUACUGUGAUGAAUGGGUACUUGAAAGAUUCGAAAGCCACUGAAGAUGCUUUUAAAGGUGGGUGGUUUAGAACUGGCGACUUGGGAGUGAAACACCCUGAUGGGUACAUAGAGGUGAAGGAUAGGUCAAAAGACAUCAUUGUUUCAGGCGGAGAAAACAUAAGCACAAUCGAGGUUGAGUCCGUGAUUUUUAGCCAUCCGGCUGUUCUUGAGGCGGCUGUGGUGGGCAGACCGGACGAUCACUGGGGCGAGACGCCUUGCGCAUUUGUGAAGCUUAAAGAUGGGUAUAAUAACGUGAGCGCCGAUGAAAUUAUGAAGUACUGUAGGGAUCAUUUGCCAGAUUACAUGGUUCCAAAAACUGUGAUUUUCAAUGAUUUGCCUAAAACCUCAACAGGGAAGACACAGAAGUUCAUUCUCAGGCAAAGGACCAAAGCUAUGGGAAGUCUUUCAAAAUCAAGCAGACUCUGAGGUUUUAACGUUGUUUGAAAUAUA